AUGGAGAUGAAGAAGAUCGCCUGCGCCGUCCUCGUCGCCGCCUCGGCCACCGUGGCGCUCGCUGCGGAGGCUCCGGCUCCGGCCCCCACCAGCGGCUCCUCCGCCGUCGCACCCGCCGUCGGCGCAGCCCUCGGGGCCGCCGUGGCCUCCUUCUUCGCCUUCUACAUUCAGAUGUGCUGGGGCGGUGGGCAUGUGAGGCUGUGA